UUUAAAAUAUGUUAUCGUGCUGUGAGAUCAGGAACGCGGCAGCCUCUUUCAGUUUGUCUAGAGAUCGAGUCUGGACGCGCAGACGAUGUUUGUUAGUUUGUUGAGGGAGCGGAAGGCGACUAGUCCCGCUUCAAACGGCAGAUCUGCCUCUUCGCUUUAUCAGCCGCGGAGACAUGCGGGAGAUGCCGUGUUAGAUACGGCUCCGUCCGGGAGCCUCAGCUUCGGAAACGGUCUGACCCGCUCCGCGCACUUGGGGCUGGACGUUUUCUUUCUGUACACGAAUGUUUCGGGACUCUAAUUUAUACUUAUUUCUUUCUAACGGCGAUUAUGUUUUUUACAUAAUGCAUUAAAUACUUAACUAACGUGACUGGCGGAAAGUGUUUGCAAAAAGUUUUAUUUCUCCUGAUGAGAGAACUGUACGGUGCCCUGGGAAGGAAAAAUGUAGUUUAACUCUAAUAUAAAACUUAGGACAGCCUGGGGGAUUUUCUGAGUCGUUUUUUUUUCUUCUUCUUUUUUUCAUUUUUCACCAUAGACUUCUGGAACAUAUUACAGCUCACUCCGCUUUUUAAUAUGGGCCAUGUGUGGCGUAUUUCUGAUUUUCUGACUGCUUUCGGAGCUUCGUGAAUAAGAGACGAGCGAAGGAACUUGUGUCGAAAGAAGAGAAGCAUUCAGAAAUGAAGGGGGUCAAGGUGUUCAUGCAGCUGCUGGCCUUGCUGGGACUAUGGCUGGGACUAGCAGAACCCUCAGACACGCCAGGAGAGGGCAAAGUGCUCUGCGCCUGUGAGAGGAGGUACAGCUGUGAGAACGGCACGUGCUGGGGUGACCGCUGCUUCUACAUCAUGCUGGGGGGCAAGGACCAGAGGGGCUGCUUCCAGCGGGCCCAGCAGGAGCAGUGCAUGACCCGCCUGCCCAACUUGUUUGUUCAUUGCUGCUCCUCUCACCUCUGCAACGCCAACACCACCGUCCCCCAAGAUCCAGUAGUUGAGACAAAAGGGGAAGAAAGCAUGAUCGUUCUGGUGGGGGUGCCCCUGCUGGUGGUGCUGGUUCUCUCGCUGGGCCUGUCUGGCCUGGUGUGCUGGUUUUGCCUGCAUCACAAGCGCCUUAGGAUGACACGGCUGGAAGACCAUGACCCCAACAUGCUGAAGCUCCCCCAUGGCGCGGACCCCUCCUACGGGGAGAUAUUUGAAGAGUUCUGCACGUCUGGCAGUGGCACGGGACUGCCUUACCUGGUACAGAGAACCAUGGCCCGGCAGAUCUCUCUUGUGGAGUGUGUGGGGAAGGGCCGUUACGGCGAGGUGUGGCGAGGAACCUGGAUGGGCGAGAAUGUGGCCGUGAAGAUCUUCUCCUCUCGAGAUGAGCAGUCCUGGUUCCGUGAGACCGAGAUCUAUAACACCGUUCAGCUUCGACAUGACAACAUCUUGGGUUUCAUUGCCUCCGACAUGACAUCCAAAAAUUCGAGUACCCAGCUCUGGCUGAUUACACACUAUCAUGAGCUGGGCUCGCUCUAUGACUUCCUUCAGUAUAGCACCUUGGACCCCGAGGGCUGUCUGCACAUGUGCCUGUCUGUGGCAUGCGGCCUAGUGCAUCUGCACACUGAGAUAGGCAGCACGCAGAGCAAGCCUGCCAUUGCCCACCGUGACCUCAAAAGCCGCAACAUCUUGGUCAAGAGGAACGGCCAGUGCUGCAUCGCCGACCUGGGCCUGGCAGUCAUGCACUCUCAGACUACGGACUACCUGGACGUGGGCACUAACCCCCGGGUGGGAACAAAGCGUUACAUGGCCCCGGAGGUUCUUGACGAGAGCAUUCGGACCGACGUCUUCGAGUCCUACAAACAGACAGACAUAUGGGCCCUGGGCUUGGUUCUCUGGGAAAUCACUCGCAGGACUAUCGUUAACGGAAUUGUCGAGGAGUACCAGCCCCCGUUCUUUGAUGCAGUGCCUGCUGACCCCAGCUUCGAGGAGAUGAGGAAGGUGGUCUGCGCAGACCAACAGCGACCCAGUCUCCACAACCGCCUACACUCCCACCCAAUUCUGUCUACGAUUGCCAAGAUCAUGAAGGAGUGUUGGUUCAAGAGCCCGGCAGCUCGACUCACUGCCCUGCGUGUACGUAAAACCCUGUCCAAGCUUGACCAGGACCAGGAUUACAAGCCGAUCAAACUCAAACUGGACCUCUAAGUAUUGGACCACUCUAUUGGAUGGUCAAACUGACAUUCCACCAAUCAGUGGCUUUUUGCUUUUUCUUUUCUGUUCCUUGUUGUUGCUUGCCGGGUUUUCCAUGAUACACCUUUACUAGCUUAACACUCACUCUGAAGGGUGCAGCUCUGUUGGGCUUUCCAUGCGAUACUGGGGCCACGGAGAGUGUGCCGCAGCCUGGCCAGAGCUAUGGAGUGAGAGAGAUCUGAUCUUAAAUCUGUUCUGAUGGAAGCACUGUGCACUGCAGAGCUGUCUGUGUGACACCACAUAUCACACAGUCUGUCAGCUUUUCACUCGCCGUACUGUAUAACUGUCCGGUGGGUCUGUCACACACGUCGCCCCAAAGCCAAGCACAAGGAAAGGUAAUCGAUGCUCUUCUUAUUGGCAUAGUAAACCUCAGUAUUGUGUGGCAUGCUGGGAUGUGUGAAAGUUCAGAUGUGCAAGGCUGCGUUUCUGUAAAAGUGAGCGUGGGCAGGGUGAGUCAGAGUUUCACAUAACUCUAAGGGUUACUAGUGUAAGCUCUGCAUAAUUAGUUUGGACGUCCUCUUAAUACGGCCCCUAUAAUUGCAUUGUGCAGACGGUGAGGGAUUUCCAUAAAGAUAGGUAGACAAAUGUCUCUGUUGCACUAUUACUCAACUCCCUAUUCUAAAAAGAGACAUGUUGGCAUAUGUAUCCCUGGCGAGCACUGAAUUUAAAUGCAGCUUGCUGUCAAAGUAUUUUUAUGCUGGUAUUUGUAUGUUUUCAGUUUAUUUUUUAUAAUAUCUUUAUAAUUAAAUUCAACAUAGUAUUUAUAUUUGUAAAUCACUGUGACUAUGUUUAGAGAUAGGAUGGUAUAAUCAUUAAUCUCAUUCUAAGCUGAACACAUUUAAAGGAUUUCAAAGGGAAAUUUAAUAAAAUUCGUCAUUUAUAUUAAAAA